GUCACGCGUCGCCGUCGGGUCAUGGUUCACUCCGGGCGACUGUGAAGGCGCUAUUAUGCUUUAACACGUUUUUGGUAUUUUGAGGACCGUGGCAGCAGCAUCAGAAGUUCACACGUUUUGUAGAUUUAGUAGAAUAGUUGUUGUAUUGUUGUGUAGGUUAAGGAUGUCAGCCGCUGAUAAAGAAUAGUGAGCGUUCUGAUGGUCUGUCUGGUGCCUUGCCGCCGUCUCGUCCAGUGCCAGCCCGCGGUGUGCCUGCCGCCUGGCCUGCCACCGUUCAGUUGUCGACGGUCCGGGCAGGAGGCAGGCCGCGUGGCAGUGGAACCACCGCAGUGUUGAGGCAGAGCCCAUUCAGCGCACACCCACGGACAGCCUCACUCGUUCAGUGCCAAAGUUUUGUCGUCAGAGUGGGCGUGGACUCUUUACCCUGACGUGCAGUGCCUCGAGAGCUGUCAUUUCAAGGGCGCCUCGUCUUGAGCAGCGGCGUGGUGAUCGUGAGCGGCGGUGACUCACGGGCGUCGCGGAGACUCAUGCACUGACUCAAUUGAUUAUUACUCAACUGCACAGCACGGCACUGGCUGGCUGAGCGUGGCACUAGAGGCACUCCUGAUGAAAGCCACAGUGCUGGAACGCCAAUAGUAACACCUGCCAGCACGGAACGCAGGCAUGGCAUAACUUAACACUAGCGAACUGUCAUCCACCACGAGUUACGAACGUGAAGAAGCAACCGUGACACCCCGAAGCGAGCCUAUCGGUGGUGAUGGUGUUAGCGAUAGUGACAAGGAAGGAAGAAAGACAGACGGUAAAGUGAAAAUCAAAACCAGGGCCUCGGAAAGACUGCUAUCGUCAUCACCAUCAGCGCUAAAGGACACCCUGGGUCGAGGUGGCGAUGGCCUGAGGGGUGGCGGGGAGCAGAUGGUACAUAUCAGCGGCUGGCGGUUUGGGUGCGUCAACUACAAGGCGCCGACGUGGCGACUAUGGGGAGAGGAAAAAUGCGACGGCGCCAUCUACACCGUGUACCUGAAGAAGGUGCGCUAUCACCACCCCUCGCGGAGCAUAACACAGGAGAGCGAUGACGAUGAGAUCUCGCACCUGGAGUGGGAGACGGUGCGGGUCCGGUUCCUCAAGGCCGGGACUCUUGAGCGCCUGGUGGAGUCCCUCGCCUCGGACACGGGGGAGCUGGAGUCCACCUUCGUCAACGUAUUCCUGGCCACCUACCGCACCUUCUCCACCACCAGCCAGGUCCUCAACCUCAUCAUCGACCGCUACCUGGCCCUCCAAGCCGCCGCCUCUUCACCCUCCUCUUCAUCUCCGUCACUGUCCUCGAAUUGCAACAAGAAGAUAAAUGUUCCGCCCCACCUUCGCGAGGACCAUAUGAAGGCCCUAAGGUUAACACUACAAGUCUGGCUGGACGGCUACACAGAGGACUUCAGAGACCCUCCAGACUUUCCGUGCCUGGUGCAGCUCAAAAAAUUCACUCAAGAAAACUUGCCAGACUCAGACCUCCACAUCAAGGUGGCCUACAAGCUGGACAAGAUGAAGCGAGAACAUGGUUCCCCGAUGCUGCAGAAGAUCUGGUCCUGUGGCGAGGAAAUGCGUGUCCACUGCCCUUCCCCCAUGACCAACGGCACACACCACCCGUAUGACUUUGCGGACAUACCAGAAGCCACCUUUGCUCAACAGCUGACACGUAUGGACACAGUGCUGUUCAAGGGGGUCAUUGCUCACCAGUGCCUGGGAUCAGUGUGGUCACGGCGGGACAGGGGCCGUGGGGACGCAGCGGCCUCGGUUGCAGCCACAGUGGAGCAGUUCAAUGCUGUCAGCUUCCGGGUUCAGUCCACCAUCCUGGUUGACACGGAAUUGAAACCUUCACAGCGAGCAAAACUCAUCACCAAGUGGAUUGACAUUGCUCAGGAAUUAAGAAUGCACAAGAAUUUUUCAUCCUUGAAGGCAAUAAUCUCUGGGCUUCAGUCAAAUCCCAUCUACAGAUUAAAGAAGACCUGGGGUGCUGUGAUCAAGGAUAAGGCUGAGUUGUUUGAGGAACUUGCCAGAAUAUUCAGCGAGGAGAACAAUCAGUUGAACCAGCGGGAGCUGCUGAUGAAGGAGGGAACAGCCAAGCAUGCCCAGACAGCCCACGCCAAUGACCGCCACCUGCCCAAGGCGCUGGAGAAGUUGGCUACCAAUCCACUGGCCACAAGUUAUGGCACCAUUCCCUACCUCGGAACAUUCCUCACCGACUUGACCAUGAUUGAUACAGCCAUCCCUGAUACUGUUGCUGAUGGACUUAUCAAUUUUGACAAGAAACGCAAAGAAUUUGAAGUCUUGGCACAGAUCCGGUUGUUGCAAGGAGCUGCCAAUGCAUACCAGAUGGAGUGGGAUGAGCAGUUUGAGAGGUGGUGGGAGUCUGUGCUGGUGUUGGAUGAUAAGGAGGCUUGGCGGCUCUCAUGCCAGAUAGAGCCACAGGGCUCAUCCUCCACCAGAGAAGGAAAAUUAAGGAAAAAAGCUCAGUGUCACCGCAAGAAUGACAGCAUUGCGAGCACCUCCUCUGGGUCCUCCAGCAGUCAGUUCUUCUUUGACAAUGACUCUUUGAGCACCCCACUAAGCCACAAUGACUCUUGCUCCUUAGAGAGAAAGAUGUCCACCUCAUCUAGCAGCUCAUCUCUCCCAUCACUGGAUGUGUCAGUUCACUCAGGUGGCACCACAGCCUCGGGUCGUACUCCAGACCGCUCUGUGUCCACCACACAACUGAACCAGCCUAACCAAACCUCUCCGUAUAUCACUCCUGACUUCUACAUCAUCAGAGUUUCUAUUGAAAGCAGUGCUCAUGAACUAGAAGGAGUGAACUUGUACAAGAGUAUCAUGCUGAGUAAUUCUGAACGCACCGUCUCUGUCAUCCGCAAGGCCAUGGAAAAGCAUGGUUUUGAAGGCAACCCAGAAGACUAUACUCUAGCACAGUUCCUGCCUGAUGGAGAGAUGCUGCUUCCUGCUUCAGCAAAUGUGUAUUAUGCCAUCAACACACAACACGACCUCAACUUUGUGCUGCGGCGGCGGCGGCACGGCGAUGAAUCAACCAUCAUCAGAAGAAAUCCCGCCAAGGAUCACAAAGUUCGGAAGAAGCUCCUAGUGACCUAGUGAGGCAAACUGUGGACCUCACAGGUGUCUGCCUGGUGGUCUCUGUGACUUAUCCAAACUAGAUGAGUUCCUUUUUGUAAUUCAUCUAGAUUUUGCUGUUUACUUGCAAGGCAACUAAAAUGUGUGACCAUUCAGUGUGGUAGACCGUGGCUUUAAAGCAAUGAACAGGAUAAAAGUGGCUUAGCUGAAGAACGUUUUGAUACAUUCGUGCUGACUCAAAUCUGAACAUUGUGCACCGACUUCAGCUACGUAUCACUCCUUGUGCUGUGAAUUCAUGUUGACUCAUCCUGUGACUUCUCAAGAUCCCAUUGUUUGGCACCCAAGCGUCCAUGGUUGUAAUGCAGUGAGAUCGCACCGUGAAGGUAUUGCUGUAGUGUACACGUGUAGCUCCUGUGAAGGCUGUCUCACAUACACAAUACUCAAACAUCUAUGUUACUCAGCUUUAAGUCUAGGAACUUGUGAAGGAUUUCUUGGUUCUAUCCUAGCUGUCCAGUACUCUUCCUCGCAAAGUCUCCUCUCACGUGGACCCUAAUUUCUUGUAUAGAAUUAGCCACGCAGCUAACUCCAUACAGCCCCACGUGUUGCCUCCUCCCAUGCAUCUCCCACUACCUUCAGUUGCGAGUGGGAGUAUUGUGCACCAUCACCCUUUCCCCAUCAUCCUGCACUCUUUUAGAUCAGUAGAGUUAGCAAGUGUCCAUUACGCUCCACAAUCACCGCUUAACCACCACCCCCCCUCCCACCAGCAUCUUCCUCACCUCACACAUCUUCACCCAGGCUGCUGGUGCCCCUCACCCCUAACAGUCAUGCACCCCCUCAUGCCCCUUCCCUGCACCCCAUUCCCUUGGUGUAGGUCCUCCAAGGUAUUUUAAAGUAACUUGUUUCAUGUUAAAUUUUGUGUUUGAGAAGUAGUGUAAAUCCUCUAUCAUCCUUUGUAAGCUGGAAGAUAUUAUAAUGCAGAGUACAGGUUUAUUUAAUGGAGUUCAAAUUAUAAGUUUAUUGAGAUGUAAAUAGUGUUAAGCUCUUGUAUACAUGUACAUUGUUACCUUUGUAAAUAAAGUCUACAAUUUUUA